GCAGGUUAAUCACCUGCUCCAGAGAGGAUCAAAACAAUGUCCUACGUUUUUGUAAACGACUCUUCCCAGACAAACGUGCCACUGCUGCAGGCUUGCAUUGAUGGAGAUUUUAACUAUUCCAAACGACUGUUAGAGAGUGGUUUCGACCCAAAUAUUCGUGACAGCCGAGGCCGAACUGGCCUGCACCUUGCUGCAGCCAGAGGAAACGUAGACAUCUGUCAGCUCUUGCAUAAAUUUGGUGCUGACUUACUAGCCACUGACUACCAAGGUAACACAGCCCUUCACCUCUGUGGGCAUGUGGAUACCAUCCAGUUUCUGGUUUCUAAUGGACUUAAAAUUGAUAUUUGCAAUCACCAAGGUGCAACACCGCUUGUUCUUGCAAAACGAAGGGGUGUGAAUAAAGAUGUGAUUAGACUGCUGGAAUCUUUGGAAGAGCAAGAGGUGAAAGGAUUUAACAGAGGAGCUCACUCAAAGCUGGAAACAAUGCAAACUGCCGAAAGCGAAAGUGCAAUGGAAAGCCAUUCCCUCCUUAAUCCAAACCUACAGCAAGGUGAAGGAGUUCUUUCCAGUUUCCGCACGACAUGGCAAGAGUUUGUGGAAGACCUGGGCUUCUGGAGGGUGCUGCUCCUCAUCAUUGUCAUUGCUCUUCUGUCACUUGGAAUAGCAUACUAUGUUAGUGGGGUGCUUCCUUUUGUGGAAAACCAGCCUGAACUGGUACACUGAAGGAAAUGCAAAGAAGUGCACCGUGUUUUUCCCUGUUCUAAACUUAUUUUGAGCUUCUUGGGAUUAUUCUUUUGGUGCAGGCAGUGGCAGCUGUAUAUACUGUUUGCCUUUUGUACUUAUUGUUAACCCCUUUGAAAGAAGGAUUAAUUCAUUUCAAGUAAAACACUAAAUUCUAAAGCAUUCCUAAGCUACCUCUGACUUAUCUUGACUUGCAAGCAAGAUGUGAAGAUAAUCCUCUCUGUUGAUAAAAUAUUAUGAUUAGAAAAGGCCUUUCAUAACGAUUAUUAAAUGCCUGGGCGUGAAAAAUGUAUCCUAGUACAGAACCAAAUUUGAUUAGAUUUACCUUUCUUCAUAGGGAAAAUAAUUGUUAGAUUUUUGU